AUGGGUCGUGUAAUUGGCAAGUACAGGCUUGGCCACACGCUGGGGAGCGGCAACUUCUCCAAGGUGCGGGUGGGGUAUGACACGGAGGACGGAAGCACGUGGGCCAUCAAGAUCAUCGAGAAAAGUCGUAUUGAGCUCGAGAGGCUGGAUAAGAACCUUAAGCGCGAGGUUGCCGUAAUGAGGAGUCUCAACCACCGGAAUAUUGUGCGGCUGCGGGAAGUUAUGCAAACACCCAAUCAUAUUUACUUGGUGCUGGAGUACGUGCCGGGUGGGGAGUUGCUCGAUAAGAUAGUGGAGGCGAAGCGCUUUGAUGAGAAUACAGCGAGACGUUAUUUUCAUCAGCUCAUCGCUGGGUUGCACUACUGCCACAGCCGUGGUUUUGCCCACCGCGACCUGAAGCCGGAGAACCUGCUGCUCGACGCGAACGGGACGCUGAAGAUCUCUGAUUUUGGCCUCAGCAACCGGCAGCAGGAUGUUCUGCUUGAGACAGUGUGUGGGACGCCCAACUAUGUUGCACCGGAGGUUUUGACGGAGCGAGGCUACAAUGGGCUGUCGGCAGACAUAUGGAGCUGUGGCGUCGUGCUGUACAUGAUGCUUGCUGGUGUUUUCCCUUUUGAGGAUGACUCAUUAAAUGCUUUGUGUACAAAGAUUGAGCGUGGCGAGUACCAGAUGAUUAGGCACGUGUCCGAGGCAGUGAGGGACCUGAUUGCGCGGAUGCUGACGGUGGACCCGAAGAAGCGCAUCACGAUGGAGGGCAUCAUCGCCCACCCAUGGUUUCAGGUAGGCUGGGAGCAGGUGAGUGAGACGGCGGACGUGGUUGGUUCUACUUGCAGCGAUGUGUCCUGUGUGACAAAAGUUAGUCCAAACUCUUUGCGCAACUCGUCGGCUGCCUCUGGGGCAUGUCGUGAUACCGUGGCGAGUAGUACCCGCGGCAACAGUUUUUCUGAGGCGAGGGCGGAUGACAAGGAUGCACCGAUGCAGGAAUCCUGUGUAGAACAUGUGGUGCCGGACGAUGAUGGCCUCCCACCGCCGGGUAAAUUAGAGGUUGAUGCAGGUGCGCGGUUUUUUUUCAGAGGGACACUUGCGGACGUUGUGGAGGCCCUGCUCAGCCUGGACGCGAAUCCACGAGAAAAACGGCAUAUGGAGCUCAAAGGGUACGUAGAUGCCGCGAAGGGUCUCCUGACGUACACAGUGGUGAUCACGGAGUUGAAGCUUCCCGGGGUUUUGAGCGCCGAGAUGCGUCAUGGACGGGGAGCUGCGUCUGAUUUUCAUAACUUGUACACCAAGUUGCUCGCAGCCAUGCGCAGCAAAUUAUGUGGCCACGACGCGUGCGUGACAAAUGACGUCAAUAAUGAUGUGUGA